UGCAACUGCAUUUUUUUCGUUCUUCGGCCCGCUUAUGGGGUGACAAUCAAAUGGUAUAAAAGCCGCCAUAGGUUGGGUCCAUGAGUAUUCAGUUUUUGCCACCCAUAGGUUUCUGUUGUAGGUACUACUAUAUCGUUUUAAUUAAUUACCAUGUAUAAGAGAUUGACGUUCUUCUUCGUAGUAGCAGUGGCGGUAGCGUCGACGCAUGCGGGUCUACUUCCAGCCGCCCCCGCGAUUACUUAUGCCAGUUUCGGGCAUGGACCUGCCGCCUAUGCCGCCCCCGCUUUGCCCCAAUUUUCUUAUGCCACCCCCGCUCUGUUAAAACCCGCGGCCAUUGCUGCACCAGCUUAUGCACAUGCCGCCCCUGCUUUGGUUAAGGCCGCCCCCGCCGUAGACUAUGUGACUUACCCGAAAUACGAAUUUAAAUACGGGGUGGCCGAUGGACACACUGGAGACCAAAAAACCCAAUCGGAAGUACGCGAUGGUGACGUGGUUAAGGGCCAGUACUCCUUGGUGGAAGCCGAUGGUACUGUUAGGACCGUAACUUAUACUGCUGACGAUCACACUGGAUUUAAUGCGGUCGUUACUAGAUCUGGUCAUGCCAGUCAUCCUGUAGCUGUGGCACCCAAAGUUAUCGCAGCUCCGACGCUGAGCCACGCCUAUGCAGCUCCCGCUUUAGCCAGUCCUUGGGGAGGGUACCACUAAAAGGGUUCUGUUAGGACUCUAUGGAGCAAAACACGUUUUAUAAUUUAUUCUGUUUGUUUUUUACUUAUUAAUUUAUGUGUUUUGUCCCAUAGGAACAAUUGACGUUUUUUUACUGAUGGCUUAUAUGGUUCUGUUAUGGCUCUUCUAUUUAUGUUUAGGGGUAUCUAGUUUUAAUGUUAUUCCUUGUAAAUAUAUGUAUGUUAUAUUUUAAUUUUUAUGUACAUCGCAGUGUUGUCAUAUGGUGCAAUAAUAUAUUGUUAAUGAAGAAA